UUUAUGCAGCAGGCGCAUCCCCAGUCUCAUUUUAAGACAAGUUGGAGCCGCGCGUAAAAGUUUGGCAAAAUGGUGACAAGCGCUGUGGCCACGAUAGCGACCCUCCUGUCCUGGGGGUACUGCGUGUUGGCCACGCAGGUCGCCUUCUCCAACUUCUCCGUGGACAACGAAGUGCGCUCCAGCUUCAUCCAGCGGCGGCUGCGGAGCCAAGAGCGCAGAGAGAUGCAGCGGGAGAUUCUCUCCAUCCUGGGGCUGCCGCAUCGUCCACGGCCGCACGUCCACACCAAACAAAACGCCGCCCCGAUGUUCAUGCUGGACCUGUACAAUACUAUCUCCACGGACCCUGAGCCGCCGGGAUACUCUUACUACAAGCCCGUUUUACCGACCCAAGUGUCCCCUAUGGUGACCCCACAGGACAGCCGCUUCCUGGAUGACGCAGACAUGGUGAUGAGUUUUGUCAAUCUUGUCGAUCAGGAGCAGGAUCUUCUGUACCAGCAACACAGGAGAGAAUUUCGGUUUGACCUUUCCCGUAUUCCAGAGGGGGAGACCGUCACAGCGGCAGAGUUUAGGAUUUACAAAGAUUUCAUCCAGGAACGCUGUGAGAAUGAGACAUUCAGAGUCAGUGUCUACCAGGUCCUGCAGGAGCCUCCUAACAGUGAAGUGGAACUCUUGCUGCUGGACCAGCGAGAUGUGUGGGCAGCAGAAGAAGGCUGGCUGGUUUUUGACCUGACUGACACCAGUAACCUCUGGCUGGUCAACCCUGAGCAGAACCUUGGCCUGCACCUGGUCCUGGAGGACAGCAAUGGCCAGAGGCGGAAUCCCCAGCUGGCGGGGCUGGUUACAGGCAGUGGACCUCAGGACAAGCAACCGUUCAUGGUUGCCUUCUUCAAAGCCAAUGAGGUGCGCUUCCGCAGCAUCCGCUCUGCCCACAAGGGGCGCCAGUCUAACCGCUCCAAACCCCAGAGGACUGUCCAAGAUGCCCUAAAGGCAGUGGAGGCUGCAACAGAUAACCUUGGCAUCUCCAGAGAGGGAUGUAAAAAGCAUGAGCUGUAUGUCAGUUUCAGAGACUUGGGAUGGCAGGACUGGAUCAUUGCACCAGAGGGCUAUGCAGCGUACUACUGCGAGGGAGAAUGCGCCUUCCCCCUCAACUCCUAUAUGAAUGCCACCAAUCACGCCAUUGUGCAAACUCUGGUGCACUUUAUCAACCCGGAUACGGUGCCCAAACCCUGCUGCGCCCCUACCCAGCUCCACGGCAUCUCAGUGCUUUAUUUUGAUGACAGCUCCAAUGUUAUCCUCAAGAAGUACCGCAACAUGGUGGUGAGAGCCUGUGGCUGCCACUGACCGCUCUAACCCCCUCCUGUGAGUUAGACAAAAUCUGGAGGGACCAGAAGGAACCAGAGACAAGGAAUGAUUGACUGGCUGGUCAUCAGGGAGCCCCUGCCACAGAAUGAGCUUUAAUCUGGUGUACUGUUUGUUUUUAUGACCAGCAGCUGAGCCUCCCGUGCAGUAUUAACCACAACCACAAACCAAUUAGAGCUAUUGGUAACAGAGAAAGGUUGAACAAAGGGGUUUCUUUUGCUUUCCUUUGAGUUUGAUGAGAAGAAGUGCACUAAAAGGACUCUGAGCAAUGUGGAGUUACUCUAGAGACUUGGACCGAACAUUCAGUAUUUUCCCUAAUGUGCAACAUGUAUCUAUCUGUAUUUGAAGUCAGGCAUUGACCAUCAGGGAUCAGAAUAUAAAUUAUUGCCUGGGUGGAAAUGUGCGUUUGGUAACUGAUUUCACAGCUCAUAAAAUGUUAAAUCUCCAUCUUCCUGUUGGUCUGCUGCACCUUUUCUUCUGGAACAGCUGGAUGAACUUAUGUCUGAUGAGAAUAAAAAAAACUUGACUGGUUGUUCAGCACGCCAUUUGGACCAGGUCAGGUGUAAGACAUCUGGCAGCUCGCGUGUGUGCUGCUGAUGUAGAGGAGCUCAGUGAAGAAUGGCAGCCGAGACUGUUAAUAACAGUGUUGGACUGAAAGGUCUGCCUGUUGGACCCAGUUUCCUGGUGCAGACAUAUAUCACCAGGCCUGUGAAAGGCAUGCAAUCUGCAAGAUGUCAGUGAUUCAUCUUCAUGAGAUGGA